UCUCUGCCCGGCCCUCGCCUCGGCCUUUUCUCUUCCCACCGCCUCGGCUGCCCGGCGGCGGCGGCGUCUUCGAGGAUGAAGUGUAAGCCGAACCAGACGCGGACCUACGACCCGGAGGGCUUCAAGAAGCGGGCGGCGUGCCUGUGCUUCCGGAGCGAGCGCGAGGACGAGGUGCUGUUAGUGAGUAGCAGCCGCUACCCGGACCGCUGGAUAGUGCCGGGCGGGGGCAUGGAGCCCGAGGAGGAGCCGGGCGGCGCAGCGGUGCGCGAGGUGUACGAAGAGGCGGGAGUCAAGGGGAAGUUAGGCCGGCUCCUGGGCGUGUUCGAGCACAACCAAGAUCGCAAGCACAGGACGUACGUGUAUGUACUGACUGUCACUGAGCUGCUGGAGGAUUGGGAAGACUCGGUUAGCAUUGGGAGGAAGCGAGAGUGGUUUAAAGUCGAAGAUGCGAUCAAGGUUCUCCAGUGGCACAAGCCCGUGCAUGCCGAGUAUCUGGAAAAACUAAAGCUGGGCGGUUCCCCCACCAAUGGAAACUCCAUGGCCCCGUCCCUGCCAGAUAGCGAUCCCUAGUGAAUGGCAUAGAUGUUGUUCAGAUUUACUUUGAAAGAAUCAAGUAUGUGAACCCAAUGAUGAAUGGAAUUGUGAAGCACAGGUGAGCUCUUUCGCUCUCCCAAGGAUACAGCUCAUCCUAUGCUUUUGGACACUUCUUCCCUUUCUAUUACAACUAUUUUCCAGGUUGUUGCACUACCACUGUAUCUGUACAGAAUUCUAAUUUGGCACCUGUUGCCUUUUUUUUGUGCUUUUAUGAUAAUAUGUCUGUAUUUCUAAUCCGGUUAUAUGAUUUUGAAUGCAAGGGACUUGUUUCCUGAGUCUUUUUUUUUAUAUCUAGCAUAUAAGCAUUCCUUGAAAUAUGGUAGACAUCACUGAAGUUUUGUUUAAAUAAUUAUUUUGUAAUGACACUGAGUGAUAAAACAUUCCCCUUCUAAUCUGUCUAGCAUAUAUUUGUCUUUUAUAUAUCAGGUGUCACACAGCUGUCUCAAGGUAGCUGUGAGAUAUUAGAAAGCAAAAAUUCUUACUCAUAGGUCUAUGUCAUCCCAGACAUUGAUGGGCCUCCUGAUGGCAGUACUCUACACCACCUAUGAAGUAUUUUUGCCAGAAUUUUAAACCAAAUUUGACCAUGCCUCUAGACAUAGUUCCUGAUCUAUAGAAAAUACAGAGAAGAGAGAAACACAUUACUCUAUACCACAGAGAUUCGACCGGCAGAAUCCAGACUUCAGGAAACUCUAUAGGACAAAUGACCCAGUUUCUUCAGUAAAUAAAUUGCAAGGAUAAAAGAGAGAUGGAGGAUGGACUUAUAGAUUAAAAGAAAUUUAAGAUACAUCUUAACCAAUUGUGUGGAUCUUAUUUGGAUCCUGAUUCAACCAAACUAAAAUGAAUACAUUUAUGAGAUAGGGUAAUUUGAACUUGACUGGAUAUUGAUAUUAGAGUUAAUGGUAUUGUGGUUAUGUUGGAAACGAGUCCUUAUCUGCGUUCUCAAAUAUUUACAAUUGAAAUGAAGCAAUGUCUGGGAAUUGCUGUAAAACAAUGAGUCUGGAUUUUAAGUGCAUUGGAGACAUGGAUGAAACAAGAUUGGCCUUGAUAAUUGUUGAAGCUGGGUGAUGGUUAAAGGGUGGUUCAUUAUAUACGUUCAUCUCUACUAUUGUGUGUUUGACAUUUUCCAUAAUAAAAAGCUAAUUAAAACAA